CGACCUCAAUUUCUGCACCCACUUAUUACUUGUCUACGUGUCCUCGCUGUACCUGCUUACUUUCUCACCAAGCUCCGUUCAAUAGUUGACCAAUUCAUCAAUUCCAAAUCCUUUCCGAAGGACAGCUUUGACACUUGUCGGCGCCCGCGAAAGGAGAGCGGCUUAGCGAUUCUGGAUCUAGCUACCCAACUUCAUGCACUUCAGCUACGUUGGCUCCGACCACUCGUCCAGCCUGACACGGAAUCAAAUUACAGCCAUUUCUUUGCCCUACAAGCGCUACAGUACUGCUUAUGUAGCUUCUCUGGUAGCCCCAGUCAUAUUCUGCCUUUGGCCAUUGCAAAAUUACGUUCGCCGGAUGUAAAAGCAACGGGUUGCUGCAAGCUCCUAUUUCGGAUAAUAGACAUGCUGGAUUUCUCUGUUAACUGGGAGGUGUUGAAUAUAUCGUUGAUCUUAAAGAUCCCAGUUUCGCGAAUAUACCUUGAUUUACCGACUUGGAACGAUUGUAGUCGCCGAGCAAACUGGGGCCAACUGCGCAUAAAGGAUAUUUUCGAAUAUAGCCCAAUUCACAACUGCUUGCGACGAAAACCUCACUUGUCGAACACGAAGUUUAAAUAUCGGAUACGCCGAUUCUAUUCCUUGUCAGCAGACGAUCAGAGCCCAGUACACUCCUCCAUUGCGGUCUUAUUUACACCGCACAACCUCAGGCCAGACAACCAAUUCCUGUAUACGCUUUAUCGGAUGCCUCAACCUAAAUUUGAAGAUCUAAUGACGGUAGAGCUACCAGGAGCCAUGGACUUUCACCAUAUAACACUCAAGCUAUUCCAGACUUCACAACUACUCCCCAUUGAUGCCUUACCGGUCCACUAUCCGCGUGGCUCUGCUACGGCAUGGCGCAUUUUCUGA